GUGUCGUCGUCCAUCCGUGUUCGUCUUCUAUAAAUUCAUCAUUGAAUAUUACUUUGUUUUGGGAAAGCAAUCUCUCAUCAAAGUCUUCACUUGCUAUGAAAUUACUAUUUGAAUGGCAAUGUCUGCCCAGAGGGCUUUGGUAGGAGGGUGGCCGCGCCAGCAAAUAGUCGGUACCGUUUUAACGGCUGAGGGCGCUGUGAGCUUCGAAACUUUGACCUGCGGUUUCGGCCAAUCCCUGGGCUGCGCAGGGCGCCUGUAACCCAGCCCCUGUCCUGCUCAGUGCUCGGUCAACUUGAAGAGAAAGACGAGAACGGGAGGAAGAGAAACGGAGGGGGACGAGGAGGAGACUGAUGCCAGAAUGAGUCGGUAGCUAAACAGUUGAGCGAUGGAAACAGCCCCGCAGAUAGAAGUCUAGAGAGGCACGCCGGUGGGCCGACACGCUGCCUAUCGAUUGGCGUUCGGAUGUCAGCAGUGAGUGAAAGAGAAGAACGAAAAGGAGGAGAAACAUGAGCCGACAGCAGCAGUCUCAGGGAGUGGUUUUAACGGGUUACCACAGCAACGCGGAACUGUUGCCGCAAACGGGGCCGUGUGCCCCCAGCUGUCCGCCGGUGCCGGAGCACGAGCCCGCCGUGCCCAGCCGCAGGACUGGCCACUACACUGUUCAGCAGGGUCAGAGCUCUCACCAUGGACACAGAAAAACCAGCAGCGUGGACCUGUCGUCUCUACCCAAUUCGAACUCCACUGCUUGCUCCAGGUCUCCGCCUUCCUCCAGCCCCCAAGCGGAGUCCAGCCCCAGGCACAGCCCCAAUUUAAAAUCCAGGCCACCGCCCACAUCUUUGCGCAGCAAUUCUCAGGACUCUCUGGAUGACCUGGAAAUGGACGACUACUGGAAGGAAGUGGAGAACAUCAACAGUGAAGGAGGAGGAGCAGGCAGAGGGGAAGGAGAAUCUCAAGAAGAGGAGCAGCAGAGAACUCCUGAAGAGGGCGCGCAUGAGGAGGCGUGGCUUGCAAAGGCGGGGCUAUCGCGUCUGGUCAAUGAUUCAUUGGCAGCUGACGACCAGGACCAGGAAGAAGACAGCGCCGUGAUCCUAUCCACCCUCACCCGAGCGCAAGCGGCUGCUGUAGAGCGCCGGGUGACAUCACUGCAGCAGACGCUACGCCGCCGCAACCGACAACACCUGCCUGACGUUCGAGACAUAUUCAAACCUCCUGAAAAGUCAUUACAGAUUGAAGAACCUCACAACCUCAAAGAAGGAAGCGAGAAGAGGCAAAAAGAUGUGUCCACGGCCGAAGCAGAGACAGAACUGGACGUAGAAGUGGCGUUUUCAGAGCAGGCGCUCUCUUACAGGGACGACCAUCAAAGGUUAAAGGUCACCUCCGGCUCUCAUUCACCGGACGACAAGCUACCAAACUUUAAGCUCCUUCGAGAUAAAACAGGUCAAACCAGAGUUGGGGAUCUGUCACCUCUGGAUAUGAAAAAGGUGCGAAGGCUCGUGCUCGUAGAAAUGACUGCCUUGUUUGACACGGUUGGAAUCGACCUUAAGGAGCACAAAGCUGUCAAAGUUAAAACCAAAGAAAUUGGUCUGUUUGGUGUUCCUCUUCCCACCUUAUUGGAUCAGGACCAGAGACGGGCCACUGGUACCAAAGUGCCAUUUAUACUGCAGAGGCUCAUUAAUCAUAUCGAGGAAGAGGGAUUAGACACAGAGGGAUUGCUUCGGAUCCCUGGAGCUGCCACUAGAGUCAAGACCCUGUGCCAGGAGCUUGAGACCUCUUUCUAUGAAGGGAUGUUUCCAUGGCAACAGGUGAAGCAGCAUGAUGCUGCUAGCCUUUUGAAGCUGUUCAUCAGGGAGCUGCCCCAUCCACUGCUUACUGUGGAGUACCUCAAUGCAUUUAUUGCUGUUAACAAGCUUCCCACAAAGAAACAGCAGCUACAGGCUCUGAACCUGCUUGUCCUUUUGUUACCUGAGGCCAAUAGAGACACUUUGAAGGCACUGGUGGAGUUCUUCCAGCGUGUGAUUGACCAUCAGGCCAAAAAUAAGAUGACUCUGAACAACGUCUCUGUUGUCAUGGCGCCCAACAUCUUCAUGUUCAAAGGUUUUCGUUCCAAGGUCACAGAGCAGCAGGAGUUCUCCAUGGCAACCAGCACUGCCAACAUUGUCCGGCUGCUGAUUAGAUACCAGAAACUUCUGUGGACAAUCCCCAAGUUCAUUCUGACCCAGGUCAGACAGCAAAACAUGGAAAGUCAUCGCAAACAAAACAAAGAGAGAGCCGUACGCAAGCUGCUGAAGAAAAUUACCACGGACAAACCAGCUGAUAAACCUAUUUCUGAAGAGAAUUCACAGGGACUUAUUAGAGUCCAAGCACCCCAGUUUACUAAAGUUUCCAUGGCGGUUCAGCUUACUGAAGAGUUGCAAGCUGAUGAUAUACUAACACGCUUCCUCAGCCAGGACAGUUCCCUGGGGCUAAAAAAAGAAGACUUGAGUCUCUAUGAGAUGGGUGGAAACAUCAAGGAGAGAUGCCUGGAUGGGGAAACCUACAUGAAAGACCUCUUACAGCUGAACCCAGCCGCGGAAUGGAUCAUCAAAACUGUACAACGAUAAUCUCCCUUCAAGUGCAUCUGGAUCUUCUGCUCCAAAUCUCCCAUGCUGUGUCCUGCUGAGAUGACAAGACAACUGACUUUCUUUGCUCUCUGCUGAAGAUAGACGCAUGUGGAAUGUUUCAUGUGUAGCACACUAACAAUUACUGAGUCCAUAAAGCUUAUAGAAAAAUGCAAGUGCUCCAAAAGAAGGUUUUAAAAUCUUUGAUUGAUACAAUGCUGUUUUAUGUCCGACUAGCACUUUGCAGAAUUAACUAAAUGUGUGCAAAAUCAACAGGAUCUGUACGAUGCAAACAAUUUUGCUCAUUGGAAUUUUGAGCCUUAAGUACAGCUUGGUUGUCAGGUUAAAGAAAACCACUUUUUAAAAAUGAUUUUUUUCAUCACUAUAGACUGGUGGAAAACUCCCCUUGUUUUAAAACUGUGAUUUAUUGCAUUUAAUCACUUUAUUGUUUCUUGAAAGGCAUUAAAAUAUAGUUGUUGUGCAAUGGAGAAUAACAAAUAUUUAAUCCCAGUCAAUCACAUAGAUCAAUCUGUACAUAUUUCUUUGAAAAGCCCUUAAAGGUGAAUACACACACAUAUAUAUAUAUAUAUAUAUAUAUAUAUAUAUCAUGCGUAUUUGAGAAUUGAGAAUGAUUUUAACAUGAAUUCUUGGCAUUUAUGUCUUUCAUUUCUUUCUCCCCAAAAUGAUUUUAUUGAAGGAAAUCUGCAUUUUGUCUUUGCAGCUCAUACCGUUUUCCCUGAAUAAACGGGAUUCUUUAUUGUUAAAUCUCAAAAGCUUGUUGAAUAUGUCAUCUGCCGUAAAAAAGUUCAACUUCACAAUUUUCUCUUUUGAAAAGCUUUGUAAACUACAAUUUUUUAUUUUAUUUCUGACAUUGAAAUUGUAUUUUGAACAGCCACUGUCAUUUCCUAUUCUUCUUGUUUUAUUUACUGUGAUUUUUUUUUUUUCCAAUAAUGAUUUAUUUGUCUGGCUGCCUGUUAAGUAACCACUAAAACUGCCUGUAAAUAAACAUGCAGUAAUUAAUUACCAGAUCUUCCUAAAGUUGUUUAUUUAUGCAGACAAGCCUAGAUGGAGUUUACACAGAGUAAAAAUGUGCUUCUGUUGAGUUUUACAUUUAAAAUGUGACAUUUUAAUGACAUUUCUUUGUAAUUUUGCUGUAAUCAUUCAAACAUAAAUAAACAGGGCUUGAGCCAGCACAAAAUGGUCAGAUACAACAUAAACACAACUGAGACACCUCUUCAUAUAGAAGUAUGUGAAGUCUCAAGCAAUAUGAAUAUAGUAUUUUAAAACAAUCAUAUAGUAUCGAUCAGUACAGGGAACCUCAAC